UUAAAAAAAAAAAAAACAACACUGUGGGUUUGGACCAGAAAGCAUCCUUGAGCAACAUGUUUAUUCUAUGCUUCUCUCCCUCACCCUUAGCUACUACCUGGAAGAACCCACGGAGAGGAAAACCGACUUUCUUGGAAAAUAGGCAGAGGCAUGCUGAAAAUCUGCUACAGCUGUCCUCCAUACCUGGGAUACAUUUAAUCAGAACAUAAUGCACCUGCUGCCCAAAAACAGGGUGGGAGUCCCUUCCUUGCCAAGGGAAACGGAACAGCCCCUGGCUGCUGGUACAUUUGUCCCCCACAGGAUGGGGACAGAUGGGUGAUUGAGGGUUUGGGAAAGUUCUUUCCCUCAAAUGAGGAUCCAGCUGAUAGUCCUGCUGUGUGUUGCUUAUUUCCAAGCACUUCAGGGUGGUUUCCUCUGAACUUUAGCUUCUAGAACCCAAGACCUGGAGGGUUGAGGCUCUUCUUUGGAUCACACUUCCACACUCCCUCUUAAAUUGCAGGUCAACCGUUUGAUUUCUGCUGCCUUUGUCCUCCCAUAAAAGGGAUUUGGGGGCAUAAUUCUUCGAGAAAUCUCAAGUGCUUUUAAUCAAAAACUACUUUUGAUUCUUCAUCUUUUUUCUUGCAGCUAUUUUGAGUUUUGUUCUCCUUGGUUUGCGGAGGCUUCUAAAAAUGCAUUAGUUUCCAGCUUCACAGGUGAGAGCCGAGGUCUCCAAAGAGCAAAGUGGAUUCUGGCUGAAGCUGAGUCAGUAAUCAGCUUUGUUGGCCUUUGACUCUACCCAAUUUGCUUGCUCUGAGGAGGUGUGUAGAGUGAAUGUACACACAGAAAAUGUGUCAUGGUUCCUGUAUUCCAGGAAGAAAGAUGCCCCACAGGCUCACUCUCCAGCCUUCUUUUCCAGCAGGGGACCCAGAAGGACAGCUGGGAAAGCAGCAAGAUGACCAUCUACGUGUUGUCCUUUGGGAAUGACUUUCAAGUUCAUGGCUGCGGUGGCUGCUACCCAAAGUCAACAGCACAGAAACCUUCCUGCUAUAUCAGAACCUCUAUCUAAAAAUGGAUUGACUCAAUAGGAAAGCAACAGCAAAAGGAACCCAUCCACCAUGCUAUGAGAAAACAUGAGCAAUCAUGAGAGAAGCCCACGUGGAGGAGAACUGAGGCCCUCUAGCCAACUCCAAGUGAGCUCCUAGUCAAUAGCCAGUACUAAUUUCUAGCCACGGAGGAUGGAUGAAAAUUAUAACCUCUUGCCUCACGGAGUCAAUUUCCAAGAUGCCAUCUUUCCAGACACUCAAGAGAACAGAAGGAUGUUUUCCAGCCUUUUCCAGUUUUCGAAUUGUUCUCAAGGGCAGCACCUGGCAACUUUUUCCAGCGACUGGGAGAUCCAGGAAGACAAUAGGCUCAUGUGUUCAUCAGUGCAGAAGGCCCUGUUUGAGGAGGAGGACCAUGUCAAGAAACUGCAGCAGAAGGUGGCCACCCUUGAGAAGCGGAACAAGCAGCUUCGGGAUCGGGUGAAGAAGGUCAAGAGGUCGCUGAGGCAGGCCCGGAAGAAUGGGCGCCACCUGGAGCUAGUGAACCAGAAGCUCAGUGAGAAGUUAGCGGCUGCAGCAGGUGCCGUCCCACACAUUAAUGCCCUGGGGCAGGAGCCACCCGCUGCCACCUACCUGCGGGGGUAGCAGAGACUGAGCAGUGGCCUUGCCUGGCCCUGCUGGAGCAUGCUGCCUCUUACCAGGGAAUGUGAAGGGAUAGCAGGUUUGUCUGUGCACUCUUGUAGAUGAAUUCUAAAUAUGAAUUUGGUCGAGUGUCGUUGCUUAAAGGGGCAAGUCUUGCUUAUUUCCUUGGCUGCUGGGCUCCCUUCCCUCCCUGUCUUGCUCCCAGGCCUGGUGCUUGCCAGUCCAGAGCCAGGAAGAUCCUGGAGUGUCACGUGCUUGCCUAGGGCUUGUCCACCCUGGAAAGUGUACUUACUGUGGAAAGAACAUUUUAGAAUCUCUAGCGGCACAAGAACCCAGGGGUUCAGCCUUAUUUCAGAGGAGAAGCAGUAUGAUCUCAGCUCAGAGCUCCAGGACCACCAUUAGUUCUGAGGAGGGAUCUAUAGCAAAUCAUGGAACCUUCUGAUGUCUUAUUUGCUACAUUUUUGGAAGGAGGAUGGCAGUCUUGCAAAGCACCCAAGUAUACCUGUAAAUAAACCUGUGCAUGGUGUCCCUACCCCUGCCAGCAUUUCCUCACAGCUGAAGCAUUGUAAGACUUCAUAUGAGGUCCUAACAGGUAGCAUACUGAGUUGCGGCAGGGGGUAGGGGUGGGGAGCAGGUAAUCGAGUAAUAUGAAUUAUACCUGAUUUCUAACACCAGUUACCCAGAGCUAAAGAGAACAUCUAUGGGUCAAUCUAAAGGGGAAUUGCCUUUAUGGACUGGCCAUGUUUUAGCAAACCAUGUUCCUGAGCUGGAAGAGUCUGACCACUAAUAUGGCUUGCUCAUUAACUCCAUCUAGCUGCUCUGAUUUUGAGGGGAGUUGACCCAGUACACUAUUAACUUCCAUUCUGCAAAGACACCUCCUUACCUAAUGGAGUCAAGUUUCCCAUCCAGGCAGUUCUACAGAGUCUUGCCGCAAGCAUUUUCACAGCAAACAUUUUUGCCACGUAACACAUUAGCUGUAAGGUAACGUUGCUGUCAGAGGUGAAAUAACUAGUUGAUAGUUAGGUUUAAUUUCUCCACUGACAGAGUUCCCAUUUUUAUAUUGCAUGAAUCUUAGGCCUCCUAAUGGGCUAUACAGUGACCAGUACACAUGGUGGCCUUAAAAUGGUGCAUGAUAACUACAUAUAUGGACUUGAUAGAAAAUACAGCAACAAAGCUAAAUAGAAGUGUGAAAUAAGACUGUAAGGUCAGAUUGCAUACCAUACUGUCAUGCAAAAUGGUAAUUCAUGAGUUGAAAUAACUCGGCUAGAAAAGCAUUACAACAUCUAUCUAGAAGGCCUUCAUCGUACGAUACAAAGCUUAGUUACAAAUGUGCAUCCUAGUAUUUGGAAAACUAAUACCUCUCAAUGUAACAUGAAAAAAUUAUUUCUUAUGUCCUUUUUAAGGCUCCUCUUUUAUUUUUUGUUAGUUUAUCUUUUAUGGCCACAUUGCCUUCUGGCCAAUGUGUUAUGCAGUGAAAAUGCUUGUGGCAGAGAUGCCUACAGUGAAAAUACCGGACAUGGUUCCAGGCAUUCCAAGCACUUUCCACCUCCCUGGACUGUCCAAUCCUGGGAGCAAUGUUUUCACAUGAGUCCACAUGUCAGUGCAUCCAGUUUUGUACAUAGUCAGAACUCUUCACCCUCUUUGGAAAGACAGCUUCAAAGACAGUGCAAGUAAAAAGGGUAUCCACUAGGUCUAACAUCUGAGCCCUUACUUUAGUAGCAUUUGAUCUAGUCCCGGUUGUGUUACUCAGAAGGUAGCUGAGUGGCCGUCUUGUGAUUGUCUUCUGAUGGACCUCCAAAUCUACAAGUCUCCUUUCUGUGCUGUUCCAGAUGGAACCUGCAGGUUACUCAUCAGGAAAUCUCCCCCUAGACCACCCCAGACACUUCAGUGCUUGAUGAUGUUGUCCUUUCCAUUAGAAAUGCAAUUAUACUGUCAGAUCUCCCUUCCACUGCUUGUAGGAAAACCAAGUUUUUGCUCUGGCAGCUGGUUGGGAGGAUGGACUUGUGCCACUUGAGGGGCAAGCUGAUGCUCAAGGGGAGAAGUCUACACCCUGGACUGGAUGGAAUGGCAGCUUUUGCUUCAUUUCCAAGCUUCUGCUGCUCCUUUAUAGCUGUAUUCUUCAUAGCAUGAUACAAUGGUUAAUUCUUCCUGGGGCCAUUUCAUUAAAGCACUUUUGCUUCCACCCAAGGGAAUGACAAGCCUAAGGGUGAUUUACAGCUAGUGUUUUGAGAACUGUGGAACUGGAUCCCUACAGAUGCAUUAUGUUCUACCUUUUUAAUAAAUAUGAGCAGUAUUUCAGCCACAA